AUGGCUUCAACAGAUCGUCAUGAUUACUUGCUAAAUGCCUCGAAUUUUAGUGCUGUUCUUGCUGGAGCCAAAUCAGAUACCCUAACCUUCCCUGGGCCAUUGAUUCGGGCACACAAAGGAGAUAUCUUUCGCAUGAAUGUCAUUGAUCAAUUGGUUGACACGUCCAUGUUGCUGAGCACUAGUAUACAUUGGCAUGGAUUUUUUCAAAACAAAACAAGUUGGGCCGAUGGUCCAGUCGGCGUUACACAGUGCCCCAUAGCUCCUCAGCAUUCGUUUUUAUACGAAUUCGCGACAGGGGAACAGGCAGGCACUUUUUGUUAUGAUAUCGAUGACGAGUCAACAAUUAUCACUCUGGCGGACUGGUAUCACAUCGUGGCGCCCCAGGCGGAGAAGCAGAUUGUUCCAACCUUCGAUGCAACACUCAUUAACGGAAAAGGACGCUACCCCGGAGGUCCUGCUACCCCUCUGGAGGUUAUUAACGUUUUGCCCAACAAACGUUAUCGAUUCCGCCUGAUCUCCAUCUCAUGCGAUCCUAACUUCACCUUUUCGAUAGAUGGACACCCUCUGACAAUCAUCGAAGUGGACUCCGAGAAUGUGCAACCGCUCGUUGUGGAUGAAAUACAAAUUUUUGUUGGCCAGCGUUAUUCGUUCAUUCUAACCACAAACAAUCCCGUGGCGAAUUAUUGGAUCCGUGCUACGCCUAAUGUUGGUACCAUCGGAUUCGACGGAGGUAUCAAUUCUGCUAUCCUCAGGUACCAGGGCGCUCCCGAUGCAGACCCUUUCGUUCCACGAUACGUACUGAGAUCGAGCUUCACGCUCGUUACUUAG